UAUUCUUCGUAAGCCAAAUUCUGAAAACCCAGACGAUGAAGAGGAAGAGGAGUUCAUAAAAUUCGAACUUUUAAUAAGUCGGAGAUUUAUUGAGGGUAAAUAUGUUCUUUCACAUUUCGUUGGAGAGGAAUAUGCAGCUCCACCCUCGACACUUCGGCCCUCAUCUUCGCGAGAAGCUCGUCGCCAAGCUCAUGAAGGACGUCGAGGGUACUUGCAGCGGAAGGCAUGGGUUCGUUGUGGCAAUAACAAGCGUUGAGGACAUUGGAAAGGGUUUGAUCCGUGAGGGCACGGGCUUUGUCACUUUCCCUGUGAAGUACCAGUGCGUGGUUUUUCGGCCCUUCAAGGGAGAGAUCCUGGAAGCCGUAGUCACUAUGGUUAAUAAGAUGGGUUUUUUUGCCGAGGCUGGGCCGGUGCAGAUCUUCGUGUCAAAUCAC